UCCACUAUUCCUAGAGCUGUCUUUUGUCAUGUAGCAUAGCCACACAAUCUCUACCGGUUCCGGUUUAAAGGUUUUCGUUUGCCUGGAUUGCUCACGGUUACUUUUCCUUUUACUGCAACAGAAGAACAAACACACGUAACGUGACUGGAUUAAUAAUAUCUAUCACGGAUUUCCCUUCACAGCAUUUAUUUAUCACGUCUCGUGAGGUGUUAGAUGGCAACGGAAUGGGACAGGCUGUGAUUUUCAAGUUGAACAUAACAAUACCACUGUGAGUGCAACACCGAAACGUUAACUAAGGACGAAGCUGUCGGAAGGCGUAUGUAACCGCAAGAAAGGGAAAACGGUUCGGCAAAAGGCUUGACUAUGGGCUGUGUCAAGAGUAAAGAGGACAAGGGUCCCACACAGAAGUACCGACCAGAUCCCACCAAUCCCACCCCUGGGUCACACAUGGGCCUCUAUGGACCAGACCCCACUCAGAUGGGUCAGUCACCAGCCCUGAAGGGUCCCACCAACAACUACAACAGUCGCACCUCUGGCCUCACCCCUUUUGGUGGCUCUUCCUCUGUCAUCACACCUUUCGGUGGAGCCUCGUCCUCCUUCUCUACGGUGGCAGUGAACAACCCUUUUCCUGGUGCCGUCACAGGUGGUGUAACAUUCUUCGUGGCCUUAUAUGAUUAUGAAGCCAGGACAUCAGAUGACCUCUCCUUCAGUAAAGGCGAUAGAUUUCAGAUCAUCAACAACACAGAGGGUGACUGGUGGGAGGCUCGCUCCAUCAACACAGGCCAGAAGGGCUACAUUCCCAGCAAUUACGUGGCCCCUGCAGACUCCAUCCAGGCGGAAGAAUGGUACUUUGGGAAAAUGGGUCGUAAAGAUGCUGAGCGACUGCUGCUUCUUCCCGGAAACCAACGGGGCACCUUUUUGGUCCGAGAAAGUGAGACCACUAAAGGAGCUUACUCUCUUUCAAUACGAGACUGGGAUGAGAUGAAGGGAGACAACGUGAAACACUACAAAAUCCGAAAGCUUGACAACGGAGGCUAUUACAUCACUACAAGGGCUCAGUUUGACACCCUACAGAAACUGGUGAAGCAUUACACAGAGCAUGCAGAUGGGCUGUGUUAUCGACUCACUACAGUGUGUCCGACGGUGAAGCCCCAAACUCAGGGUCUGGCUAAAGAUGCAUGGGAAAUUCCUCGAGAGUCCCUGCGUCUGGAGCUCAAGCUGGGUCAGGGCUGCUUCGGAGAGGUCUGGAUGGGCACUUGGAAUGGCACGACAAAAGUAGCUAUAAAGACCCUGAAGCCGGGCACCAUGUCUCCUGAGGCCUUCCUGCAGGAGGCCCAGAUCAUGAAGAAGCUCCGGCAUGAUAAGCUUGUUCCGCUGUAUGCUGUUGUGUCUGAAGAGCCAAUUUACAUCGUCACUGAAUACAUGGGCAAAGGGAGCUUGCUGGACUUUUUGAAGGAGGGUGAGGGUAAAUACCUCAAACUGCCCCAGCUGGUAGAUAUGGCUGCCCAGAUUGCAGAUGGCAUGGCCUUCAUCGAGAGGAUGAACUACAUACAUAGAGACCUGAGGGCUGCGAACAUCCUGGUGGGAGACAAUCUGGUCUGCAAGAUCGCCGACUUUGGCCUGGCUAGACUGAUCGAAGACAAUGAAUACACUGCUAGACAAGGAGCCAAGUUCCCCAUUAAGUGGACUGCACCAGAAGCAGCUCUGUACGGCCGAUUCACUAUUAAAUCUGACGUCUGGUCCUUCGGGAUCCUGCUGACUGAGCUGGUCACCAAGGGCAGAGUGCCAUAUCCAGGCAUGGUGAACCGCGAGGUGUUGGAGCAGGUGGAGCGGGGCUACAGAAUGCCAUGUCCUCAGGGCUGCCCAGAGUCGCUGCACGAAAUGAUGCGGCUCUGCUGGAAGAAGGAGCCCGACGAGCGGCCAACAUUCGAAUACAUCCAGUCCUUCCUAGAGGACUAUUUCACCGCCACUGAGCCACAGUAUCAGCCCGGAGACAACCUGUAGAGACACUAGCUCUACAGGCCCCAGACACUCGCCACCACGUGCUAAUAAGCCACCGGGACGCUUCCCAAACCUUCCCUACACACUUGUCCUUACAGAGAGUUUCUUUUGUUGUGUUUUUCUUUAUUUCUCCCCCCAGUCAAAUUGGAAAAGCGCAUCGGUCAUAUCCUUCACAGCGUGACUCUGUGGUCAGACUGUUCUCUGCCGGAGGAUGUGUGAAUGUGUGUAUGUGUGGUGGAGUUGAUGAGGACAGCAUUUGUGUGUGGUUGUGUGUGUUUUUGAGCGAGACCACAUCGCGCUCCUAGAACUCUGCUGGAGUGAUUCCUCAAUCUGCAGACAGAGGGAGCUGUGCAGCAGGCUUUGUGCUAAUGGCUGGUUCACAGUUGCACAAAAUCAGCCUUUUUAUUGUUUUUUUUUUCCUCCUUUUACCUGUAUUCUUUUUUUUUCCCUCCUGAACACAAAAUCUUAUCGUUAAAUCAGUCUUUCUUAUUUUGUUUUUUCAGUUCCCCCCCAUUUUUUUUAAUAGUAGUUUGAGUAGUUCAUUAAAAGUGACCAAUAACUGUGGUUAAAUUGGUGGGCGCUAACAGAAACUCUUAGUGCCAUUGUAGGGAUGAUGGGACAGUGGAAGUUAAAAGAAUGACAGAAAGAAAGAGAGAGAGAAAUGCAUGAGGGCAUUAGCCGUUCUGAAUGUAUGAGUGCUUGAGAACGUUUGCUUUUUAAAACAUUAUUUAGAGAGGCAGUUUUGUUUUUUCUAAAACACUUUUAUAACAAAUUGUGAUUUUUCAAUAAGAUCCUACAAUUACUGCAGUCAUUCUCCAUCUCUAGGAGAGCUUGAAAUCAUAUCCUGGGAGAUUAUUUGUUUUAGUAAACAUUUCUGAUGACCAAUUGCCAUUUCAGCCAGCUGCUAAUUUCCAAGCAGAAAAUUAUUGUACAAAAAAAGCAUUAUUUCAUCUUCAAUAAUUCAAUGGUAGUUUAGGAAACUCAUUUCAACUGUGAGAUUAAAAAAAAAACGAAUUAAAAGUGGACAAAUUGUGACUUUAUCUCAUAUUUUAUCUGGAGAAUCGCAAGAUAGAUAUUCUGAAUUGCAAGAAUAAGCUUACAAUUCUGGGAAAAAGCUUUAGAUUUAUUUAAGACUCCGUGUAUAUCUCUCAAUAAUGACUUUUUUUUUCUCAGAAAUCUUUUGUUUCUCAUCUCUACAUAUUUACAGGCGUUUGAUUUCAUUUCUUGUAAUUUUGAGUAUAUAUCCCUCACCACCCAGAAUUACAUGUCCAUUAUUUACAACUAAAAGACACAGUGUUGCAGUUUUAGAGGGAAAAAAGUCAGAAGUAUAAGAAUUUAUUUUAGAAAUUUAAAUCUGUACAUUUAGAAAUCUGAGAUGGAGUCAGGGGUUCCUAGGAGAAAAAAAGUCUGAAUUUGCAAUUACAAGACACAAAUUCGCAAGUUCGAUCGUAAAAAGAAAACUGGCAAUUAUGAGAUAAAUGUCACAACUGCUUUAUUUUUUAUUGUGCUUCUCGAGUAAUUUAUCAGAGAGAGCCUUGAUGAACAAAACACCAGACCUGCCAGACAGCACUUCUCCAUGCUGCUGUUCACCCCGACGGCUCUUAAUAUCACAACUGCAAAGCCUGAGUUUCCUUUUUACCCUCAUCAGCACCGACACUGCCAGGUUUGUUUUUAUUUCAUGCCAACACAUUUGUAGUGUGGCCAACCUCUCGGUACAAAACUCAUUGUUCUCUCAUGUACACUCCAAUAAAUGAACCACAGAGAUUUAUUGACCUUUCGCUGACGUCAGUAUAUAUUUCAAAAGAGCCAUCAUUUCUUCAUCUUGACAUACGAAUGUGAGCUUGCUGAAAUCCUUUCACACAGAUGCGUUUGUUGACGUUUUUCUUCAACAGGAAUCAGAAUGGCAGAAACUGGUUCAACAUGAUGUACCACAUUUGCUGCUUGCUGGAGUUUUUCCUGUUUAGGCAUCGAUCACUGUGAAAUAUUCAGGUACUACAGAUUAAAACCAUUUGCCAACCAAAGUUCAGUCAAAUUUGUAUCUAAAUGCUCCCCUUGAUCUGUUAAAAUGGUACAAGUUUAGGAGAGAGGGCAAAAUGGACAUCAUCCAUACAGUUUUUGCACCGCUAGAACAGAUUUCAGUCUUAAAGUCUUUUGAGUUUGCUCGCUUAGUGUAGUCUAAAACGGGUUCUUUUCAUCCAUGACAAGCAAUUGAAUGCACUUGAGAUGAGUCAGACUGAUAUCUUUCAGAGGGCUAAUUAGUUGGAUUUCUCUCCUUUUUUGUUGUUGUGUAGCUUUUCUGAUACAGAGAGAAAGAGAGAGUGGCCUUGCUUUUGUCCUUCAUGUACGUGAGCCCUUUUGUCCGAGAGACUUGAUUGUGUCCUGUGUGUUUAUCCAGGACAACGCUAGACAUCUUUCCCAUCACCACCUUCUGUGUUACAAGGGCUACAGGCAAGUUUGUGCAAAACUUUUGUGUUGUUUGUGUCAAAAAGCGAGAGAUGGAGAAAAAGAGAAUAGUCUGAUUGUGAGGUGAGAGUUUUAAUGAAACGAUGAGAACAUUUGUUGUGAAACUAUGGUUACGAUUACUAAUCUGAAGAAUUUGUACAGUCAAAAAUAAAGUUUUACGUAAUGCUUUUAA